UGCUUUUUGUGCUUUUUAUAUUUUGCAUAAACAGGUGACAUUAAUGCUCGUCAUGAGCUUAGUUUUGUUUUUCAAGUGAUGAUAAUUAUUAUUUCAAUGUUUUAUAAUUAUGAUUGCUAAUAUCGUGUUAAUGAUUAAAAUUUGUUAAUAAUCGACUUAUGGCUGACAAAAAGGACGGUGAAAUGUAAUCUCAUUCAUUGGUGUUAAUAUCAAUCAUAUGUUUCUGUUUCUUCUGUAGUUCUUUUGCUAAAAAAAGGAUUAUUGAUGGUCUCUUAACCAACUCGCCAACAACUAUCAAGUGUUAUUAUCAAUUAACACUCCUUACAUGUUGAUCCAAUGAAAGUUAACAGGAAAAGAAACUGAUGGACUGACUGGAGGAUGAAAGAUGAUCAAGGAUAACGUUUUAUGAGGCAAGGUCAUUGAGAAGUGAUUGAUCUCAAUGGAUAUUGACAUGACAAGUUUAACCAGUUAAUUUAACCCGCCUUGUCCAUUGGUUUUUAUAUUCAUUGAGAAAAUGUUCCCUUUUUCUUGAGAUGAACCGAAAAAAUGGGCUUUUUUAAAGUCUUAAAAAUCACCAUAAGAACGGGAAUUGAAUUUGCCUUAGAAAAUUCAAGAUUUCAAGUGUCUCUCUCUCUCUUCCUCCCUUUCUCUGGAUUUCUUCAUCAUCUUGCAUUGAUCAGCCCUUUUGUGCAUGUUUCACUUGAAACGGGUCUCAGAUGAACCAAGUCUGGCCAGACUAACUGUUUAGCUCUUCCCCUGACUGAAUAUUUAUCCUCCUCCUCAUCCUUCCUUCUUCUCUUUCUCCUCUUAAUAUCUUUACACAAUCUCAUCAUUGACUAUCACUACUAUCAUCAUUUAUCCUCAUCUUUAUUCUGUGCCCUUUAAGUUUAAUCUUUUUGCCCCUUCUUUCGCUCUCCUUUUCUCUCUUCUUUCCUUUCAUCAUCAUCAUCUUUUAUUUUCAUUGCUAUAAGAUGAGUUCAAGUUUACUUCAUUUCAAGUUGAGAGGUUAACUUAGUUAGAUCCUAAAGGUUUGCUCAGCUAAAGGGUCAAAAAAUUGACAAAAAAACAAUAACAUCACACUACACCAUCAACAACAUGCAGACUCUACUUCAAAAUCAGGAUUCAAACGACCGUUCCUCAACAAUUAAAAGCAUCCAUUCACUUGCUUCAAUGGAUCGCCAUUAUCGGCGACGUGAAAAUUCGUCAUCCUAUUCAAUUACUCUUUGGUUAAUGGUGUUAACAAUUCUCGUCAUGAUUGGAAUCAUCACCAUUGGUUUUGUAUUAAUUUACAUAGUUGUUAAUAGCGGUGUUUCAAUGGGUUCAUCAUCAGCCUCCGAAACUCGAUUAAUUGAUGAAAAUCAUCGAGCCGAAGCUCCUGUUGUCAUUGAGCUUUUACAAAAGCCUUCUCAAUCUGCCUCCGCCUCAUCAUCAUCAUCACCAGCAACAUCAUUCAUGACAUCUUCACAAUCAACUAAAGGAAAUGCUCGAAACAAAAGGUCACCACUUCUUUCAUCGUCAUCAACAUUUGUUGAAGGAUCAUCUGAUCCAAUCAACUUUUAUCGACGAUAUGAUGUAGCUAAUGACCUGCCAAAAGCUGAAUGUAUUCGCCGAAGUUUACCAAUGUGCAACGGUCAAGUACCAUACAAUUCAACGGUUUACCCAAAUUAUAUUGGCGACGCUAAUGAAAUAGAAGCUUCACGAUCAUUACCUUAUUACAACUACAUCGCCAAAUCAAAGUGUAACAGACGGAUAAAGCAGCUUUUAUGUACCUUUUUGGAGCCUCCGUGUGUCGAGGGAAGACCCAUUCCACCCUGUAAAAAGUUUUGCCGAAUUGCUUUGGAAGGUUGUGCUGAAUAUGUUCCAGCAACUUUGGAAUUAUCUGCUGCUUUUGAUUGUCGUCGUUAUCCCGAUUCAACUGACCCUUCUGUCUGUGUUAACUUAGCCAUUGGUAAGGGUUGUGCUUCUGAUGAAUUUCAAUGUCCUGAUAAAAGUUGUAUACCUAAACAUUGGCUUUGUGAUGGAGUCAGGGAUUGUGCCUUUGCAGCUGAUGAAGCUAAUUGUGCCGGUGUUGCUUGUUCAAGCGAGGAAUUUGAAUGUGACCGUAAAUGUGUCCCAUUGUCUUGGCGAUGUGAUGGUGAUCGGGAUUGUAUGGACGGUGCUGAUGAAGCCAAUUGCUCUUAUAAACCAGGCUGUGGUCCAGAUAGGUUUAAAUGUGCCGACGGAGCUGGUUGCAUACCUAAAAGAUGGGUUUGUGAUGGUAAAGCUGAGUGUAGAGACGGAAGCGAUGAAGUUGGUUGUACCCAAAAAGAAUGUACUCGAGGUGAUUUCAAAUGUAACAAUGGUAUUUGCAUUCCUAACAUUUGGCUAUGCGAUGGUCAAGACGAUUGUAAGGAUAACAGUGAUGAACGAAACUGUGGUGGAUCUGGUCCUAUUGUAUCUUCUCAUUUCCCACAACUUGUCGGUUCAUCAUCGUCAUCGUCAUCUUCAUCAUCUAGCUCAUCCGUUUCUUCUUCUUCCUCAUUAUCUAACUCAUCUCCUGGUGAAUCAACUCAAAAUCACAAUGAAAUAACUCAACAUAACAUGAACCGUCCUAACAUGAACCAACAAAUUCAGAAUCAACAAUAUUCCCAACAUCGACCUAAUUUACAUUCCAUUGGACCUUAUUUUUCACAUAAUAAUAUUUAUCGUUGGCUUCAUAAGAGAAAGUAGAAACACUUAAUCAACUUGCUCUUUUUUAUUAUUACCAUCAGCAGCAACGGCAUCAUCAUCAUUAAAGGCCGCUUCAUUAUGAGCAGCUUUUUCAUUUCAUUAUCGCCGUUUAAUCUUUCCAUCAUCAACAUAACUCUUUGUCAUCAUUACCAUCUUAAUCAUUCAAUUAACUGACUAAUCAGAGUAAUUAGCAACCUGGUAAUUAAUCAAGUCAUUUUUAAUACUUUAGUAAGUAGUUAGGAUGGAGGUGAAUUUAUGUUGUCUGAAACAAUUGUCAACUCUGCGAAGACAAUCAACAUCCUUUACCUUCAUCUUGAAAGUUAAUUAUAAACAUCGCCCUUUUCACCCUCAUCUUCAUCAUCAUUAUCGUCAUCAAUAUCAUGGUCAUUUACUUACAUCUCAACGGCAAUCCCACCUUACUUCAUUCGUCACCAACUACUUAUUAUUUAUUAAUAACUACAAAAUGAAAAGUGCAUUAUUUUUUAGACAAUUUUGAUUUACAAAUUUACAAUCACCAUUGUAUUUGCGGGUCGUUGUAAACAAGGUUUAAUUUAACAAUAUUUUUCUGUCUCUCCAGGGUCAUAGGUUAACAAAUUUUAACUAAUCAACUGAAACAAUCAUAAUGGACAAUGGAAAAUAUUGACCUUGUUUUUUUGGUAAACAUUUAUUAAUGUUAUUUAUGUAACUUCCAGAUUGGGAUGAAUGGACUGAUCUAGUUUCAUUUCAAUCGAGAAAGAAAAUUGUGUUAAUCUCAAUGAUGAUUAACAGUCAAAUGUUUAACUUAAUUGAAUGUCUCAAUGAGAUUUUAUAAUUAUAUUAUUUAUUAUUACUUUUA